CAUUGUGAAUUUGAAUGUUAAUGAUACACAUAUUCUUUUACUCAUACUUAGGUAUCUGUCUCUGUUUUUUUCCCAAAAAGAAAUUAACAAAACAAAAAAAAAAAACUAAUUUGGGAAUCAAGACCAUAAAACAAAAUGGCAGCAUGUUGAUGCAUGAAUGUGUCUGUUAUCUCUAACGUAAUAUUGUAACUAACCUUUAGAACAACUUUUGGUACUCUAGCAUUAUAAAUAAUCCUGAAAUGGUUUUGUCAUUUCCACCAGCACUUAGUGAGAAGUGAGAAGUGAGCAGAAAUCAUAAUACUCCAUAUAUAGACAUAGUAAAAACAGCAUAAUCCUAAUCCUAGGCUAUAAUUAUAUUGUGAACUCAACAAUAUAAUGAUGUGUAAAAGAUCAUCAUAUUCAUUGGGGAAUUCAUCAACAACAGGCGCUAGCGGCCUUAUACUUAAGAGAUCUGCUGCUGCUCCAAAGCCAACGAUGGAAGUAGCAGCCGCACCACCACCAUUACCAUUUACAUUAUUGCCUCACUCUCAGUUAACUAACUUUGUACAACGAAGUCAUAGUCGAGGUAAUCAUGAAUAUGAUCAGCACCAUGACCUGCAGGUACAGUUACAGAAGAAGGCUAUAAUUGAAUUCCCGGUGUCCCCUGAAGCAGAUGCUGAUUUCCAAAUUACAAGUUCAAACCACCCACACCAUAGGAUGGUGCAGGUCAAUCUUCCAAACCCUUUUACUUGCAUGGGCUGUAAGGAGUAUGGUGCUGGUUCGCGUUUUACCUGUCAACAAUGCAACUUUGAACUUCAUGACUUCUGUGCUUUAGCCCCUCCUGUUCUCAAAGCUCAUCCUCUCCACUCCCAGCAUCAGCUCAUUUUCACUUCUAGACCUGCAGGUAAAGCAGGACUGUUGAGAUCAAAGUGUGAUGUGUGUGGAAAGUCAGCAAAGGGAUACAUGUUCCACUGCAGUGCUUGUAGCUUUCAGUUACACCCUUGCUGUGCUAUGCUGUCAGCCAAGAUGAAAUUCCCAACCCACCCUCAUUCCCUUGUCAUCUUACCAGCCACUGCAAAUUCAGGCGAAAUGCUGUGCAGCGAAUGCAAGAAAAGAAGAACAGGAAAAGUAUACCAAUGCACAGUGUCUGUGUGUGACUACUGUCUGCAUGCCGUGUGUGCAAAGAGCAUGGUGAAUGGCCUCCAUGCCAACGGCAUCAAAGGCCUUGAGAAUGACAAGCCAAACAAGAACAUGCUUGGUGCAGCAGCUAAAAUUGCAUCCCAUGUUGUUGUUGGACUCAUGGGAGGACUCAUUGAAGGCAUUGGAGAAGGUUUAGGAGAAGCACUCUCUCAGAACCUUCUCAAGGGAAGAUGUAACAGUACUAGAAGGAUACCAGGAAACACGGGUAAUUAGCUACUGUUAUAAAUACAUUUACUACCAAGAUGCAAGUAUGUCUGUUUCUGUGUGCCAUUGUGUAAAACAAGUUAUUUCCAGUAAUUAGGGGUUGUGUCAAAUACUCGAAUAUGAAUAUAUAUACGUUGUACAAGAAGCUACUGGUGUAUAACCUGUAUAUGCAUUUCACUUGGGGUUGCUAGUGAUGGAUUUGUUACUCUUCAUAAGUUUUAUUUAUUAAGUUGAUGACAACAACUGGUUUUUGUGCUAACCUGCAAAAAUGGCUGAUCCAUUAUGAUUCUUGUCAA